CGCUCACUCAAGCUCUGAAUAUUGCAAUGUUCUGAUUCAUGUAUGCUAAAAACUUGAUUAUAUAGAAUUAAAAGGUAAGGAUUAGGAUUGGAAAUCCAACAAUUUGGCUACCCCUCGCUGAAAAAGAGGAGCAGUUUUCACGAAAUCCUCUGUUUCUCGAUUUUUCCGCUAUCUCAAUAACCCUAGCGAGUUGGUAAAAUUGCCUCUUUUCAGUAAGCGUUGUCGUGGUAAUUGUUGUUGUUUUCUGAUUUAGAAUAUCUAGUUUUUUGAAUGCAUCGUAGCAGCUGUGGAAUUCAUGAAGUGUAAUUUGCUGGAUGUUUUUUUUGGUUUUUUUGUUUUGCAUUGGUGUUCAAUUUCAUUCGGUAGUGUGUUUUGAUCGCCAUACCGCGAUCUUCAUUAUUGCUACAUUAAUGCGAAUUCCUGUUUGAUUUGGAGGUAUAGAUUUAUUGUUGUCAGUUUGAGGAAGGAUCCAGAUCUUCACAAUUUUAUAGCUGCUGUGAUAUUAUAGUUACUGUUUAGUUUUAUUCCCUAUGAUUGGUUCACGAUGAGGAACACGUUGGAGUAAUGGACAACCAUGGGCAUGGUAACGGGGCUUCUGGAAAUGUUCCUGAAUUUGGUGCAAUCUUUCUUUCAAACACUCAGACCAAAAAAGAAUGCCUUCGACGGAAUAUAUUUGCACUACCAUCUUCGCAUGCUGAAUUUGUGAGACAUGUUAAAGAGGGAAUGGUUUUGUUCCUGUUUGAAACUAGAAAGAGACAACUCUUCGGAGUUUAUCAGGCAUCCUGUGAUGGCGCGGUGGACAUUAAUCCCCACGCAUUUAGUAGUUCAGGGCGGCAUUACCCAGCACAGGUUCGCUUUAGACAAAUAUGGCAUUGUGAUCCAAUCUCUGAGAAAGAAUUCCAAGAUGCUAUCAUAGGGAAUUACUUUUGUGCAAGGAAAUUCAACUUCGGCCUCUCUAAAGAUCAGGUUCACAGGCUUCUUUAUUUGUUCAGUUCAAAAAAGAUAAAAAGAAACAUCCCCUCUCAGCCGCAGUCAGAAGCUAUUGUUGAAGUAUCUAAGGACAGAAGGCUGGUAGGAGAUGACAGAGACAGACAUGGACUAAGUGAGACAGGAUACAUGGAAUCUACUGAAUAUGAUGACCAUGUGAGCUCGUUGGCUAAAGGCAGAGAAGAAAACGUGUUGGUAGAGAAUAGGGCCAAUGCUGAUGGGAAAAAAUAUCAUUUUUCUCAUGAUGAUUUUAUUGCUAAAAGGAGAAGAAUAGGUAAAGAAUACCCUGAGCAUUUUCUGGAUCCUUUAGAUGCGAGAGUCCGCGAUGAUUAUACUUCUUUGCAGAGGAGUACAUUGCGGGAGGACUAUGACAUACUCAAUGGUCGGCAACAGACAUUUGCAAGUGAUAACUAUGGGAGUUCCCUGGCUCAAGGCAAACGUGUGAUUGAUGAUGAUAGGUUCCUGUUAGAUGAUUCUGUGAUAAGAGACUGCGAUAGUAAUGUGGUUAGGUCUGUUUCUAUUAGUGAUCACGACAUGAAAUUAUGUAGGCAAGAAAGAGGAAUGGUAAAGGAUUAUGAGCGGUUGAUGGGGAGGAAAUCGGAAAAUACCUUUGAUCCUUCUACCAGCCAUUUCCAUAAAAUAAGAAAAACAAAUGCAGCUGGGAGGUUUCAAAUCGACGAGAAUGAACCUCGUCUUGGAACAUGUUUUUCCGGAGGCUUAUCUUCCAAAACUGAUUUACCUCCAUGGCAUUGUGGUUACAGAAUUAUUGAGGGAAGGAAGUACCCAGUUCUGGAAGGAAGAUCAACUGAAAAUAUGGUGGAUAAAGGUCCACCUGCACUGGCCACAAAAGAUGGAAAUGUUGCGGAUGAAGACAGGCAAGUAUUAGAUAAUGCAAGGUAUAGAAAGAGUGAGAGAGUAGAUAAUAGAGAGGCUAGUCAUACACAUAGUAAUCCUGUCAUUUCAAUGAAGUACCCUUGUUUCUCCAAGCCAGAACAAAAUUUAUCUUCAUUUCCUGAUAAGUUUCCGAAGAAACAGCUCUCUCAAUUUACCGUCUCCAGUAAUUUUGACAUCUCGCCCUCCAUUUUUGAGGAUGCAACUAUUACAAGGACUGUCCCUUACUCACCUGAUCACCCCAGUCUUUCUCAUGGAUGCUCCUCGUCAAAGGAAGCUAACCGAUUUUCUACUUCAAUGCAAAAAACCCACCCGCGUGAUGGUUCUUUGGGGGACUUCUAUCCGCUAUCUAGUAGUAAUAGGUUGCAGCUGUAUCCUUUGGAACCGGAAAAAUCUAUCAUACCUCAAGAUGCCACACUUGGAUAUAGAGAUAAUGGUUUAGCGAUGAGCACACCAGGUCUCCAGAGUUCUUUGCUUCGAGAAUCUUCCAGUUCUUUUGUAAACCCGGACCUUUCUAUGGACAUGGAUCUGAAUACAUCUGCUCCUGUUAAUUACAGACGGUCGUUGUCUUCAAGGCUUUCUCCACCCUGCAGUGAUCCUGAGAACUUUGAAGGCAAAAAAGGUUUGUUGGCUUAUUACUCCAAAUCAAGAGACCAUAAUUUCAAAUAUGAUGGAUAUCUUCCUGAGGCAUCAGAAAAUAAGAGAACGCAUGUUCCUCAACAUGGGAUGGACAUUUUUGCUGGCAAAUAUUCCAUUUAUUCCGAAUCUCAAGAUCCGGGCAUGGAUAUUUGUCAGCGAAAAAGAAAUUUGGCGAUUUAUGGGAAUCAGCACUUCAGAUUGUCUAGAAAUAUGAAUCCCAUGGAACUCCACAAAAUUUCUGGAGCUAACUCCACUCUUAAGAGGAAAAGUGUUUUUACUCGUUUGUCUUCUACAUCAACCCAGUUUAGUGAAGAGAGAAAUGACAUUGAUGUUAAUCUUCAAGACUGCUAUAUCAAUGCUACAGCUGAUGAACUCAUGGAGAUGUUGAAGCAGAAUGACAAUCUGUCACCGAGAAGGCUCGGGAAAUCUGGAGUUGUUGGACAACAAGCUAGAGAAAGUGCAGACCAUGAAUAUAAAACCCAGUAUCAUAUGGAAACUGAGCACUCUACAAUGGAGACGGAAAGGCUGAGUAAUGCAACUCAAGCUACUGCAGAUAGUUCGGAUGAAAUCCCUAAAGAGACUCGAGCUUUGGAUUUCAAACGCCGUAGUGAAAGAAAGUUGGUUGGGACUAGUUCUGGUUCAGCCUCUCAUAAUAUUCCCACUGGUGCUAAAGAAGAGGUCAAAAGUUCCACUAAUUCUACUUCAAGACGCAAAAAGUUGGUUAGACCUGCUUUCGAUAAAAUUGAUCCAGCUAGUGAUGCUGCCCCACUUGGUACUAAAACAUUACAGCUUCAUGCUUCAAUCCUCGUGAAGGAUGAUAAACAGAGUAGUGAAACAGCCACCAGCUUACUUGAGCCUGAGAAUCCCUUCAACGGUACCAGGUCUAGCAAUGUGUUGGCUCCACACACUCAUCAAGAGGGGGACUGUAAUAAAGAACCCCAAUGUCCCAAGGAGAAAAAUGACGCAGUAUCUCAAGUCUUGUCAUCUACUAGCGUUGAGCAUGGAAACGAUGACCUUCAUGUUGGUAAAGAACCCCCAUGUCCCAAGGAGCAAAAAGACGCAUUAGCUCAAGUCUUGCCAUCUACAGGCGUUGAGCAUGGAAACGAUGACCACCACAUUGGUAGUUCAGAGGUUCCAACGGAAACAUCUCAACAGUUGAUUUCUGAUAUUCAAACUUCCGUUGAUGGAAUUUCAGCCGAAGAUACUGAUGAUACUAACAUCACCAGCCGGAACCUUCCGGAACCAUCUUUUGAAGGGUCCGAACCUGGUGCUGGUUCCAGGAAGGAACUUACUAUGGAGAAACAUCUGAACAAAUUAAAAAUCAUACUAACUACUGUGAAAGAUAUGAAGGCUUCUUCUUCUCAGUGAAGCCACAGCACAUGGUUUUUGUUCGUUACAUCAUCUGUAGUCUUAUAGCGCGUUAAAAAGCUUUUGGCAGAUCUGUGUACUAGCAUCAAUAUGGAUGUCCCUGUGAAGGUCUCGAAAGCCAACCUGGCACGACAGCUGAUCGGUCAGGCUUAUACUUUUUUCUUUCUUUUGAAUGAUUUUGGUGAUAUAAGGUGGGAUUGAUUAUCUGCUUGUUGUCUCAUUUCAUAUACUGAUGCCCAAAUCAGGAUUCCUCUUCUGCUUCAUAUUUUUUCAAAACCAAGUUUUUCAAAUCUCUCUCUUUUAAA